AUGACUCUCUUCUCCUCUAAGAACGACGAGAGUCUUACAGACCUAGAGUCCAAGAUGGGGCCAGGCAAAGUCUCCGCGUCAGUUGACACCAAGGCGUUGAUCUCUCAGCUGAAGCUUAUCGCCAGUGAUCCAUCAGUCCUGAAGGGGCUUGAGGAUGGCGAGAGGCUGCAGUUGAAGCAAGUUGCUCGCUCUGCAGCCGAUGCUCUGGAGACCCCCUUCGAGACUAUGGUCCGCAUUGUAUAUUCGAUCAAGCUAACGCAGUACCUCAAGCCUCUGUUGCUGGUGACAGCUCGAAUUGGCCAGGAUCAUGGAAUAUUCUCCAAGCUCUGUGCCACGGCGGGCCCCGUCUCCUUGGGUGAGCUCUUGACAGCAUCAAAGCUUCCCUGUGAUACUCUAGAGUCCAUAAUGGACUCUAUAUGUGCCCGAGGAAUGGCUCGCCGACUGGAAGCGCAGGUUUUUACUGCCACACCUGUCACUCACCUGUUGUCCUCACCGGAGCUCCGGGCAGCCCACACCCAUUACCACGAUUCCGUGCUCCCAGCUCUCACAAAACUCAAAGACUUCCUACACGAUCCACACGGCCCGCGCACCGCAUGGCAGAUGGGCCACGACACGGACCUCAGCUAUUACGCCUGGCUUGACGCUCAUCCUGCCCGGAAGGAAGCGUUCCACAUCUACAUGGAGGCGCAUGUCAUCGGCCUCCCGACGUGGCUGGACGUGCUCGACUUCGAAAAGGAGUUUGCGGCCGGCGCCCGAGCCGACGACGUGAUCUUUGUGGAUGUUGGAGGGAGCAAUGGCCAGCAGUGCGCGGCGUUGAAGGAGAGGUACGCCGGGCUCCCUGGCCGGGUCAUCCUACAGGACCGGCCUGCGGUGUUGAAUAGUGCGCUUGAGGUUCAGGGGAUGGAGAAGAUGGGUUAUGACUAUUUGACGGAGCAGCCGGUAAAAGAUUCUCGCGUCCUUUAUUUCCGGCAGAUACUUCACAACAAUGACGACGAGACGUGCAAGAAGAUACUACGGGCUCAGCUAUCGGCCAUGGGUAGCAAUACUGUCCUCGUGAUCGAUGACAAGGUGCUUCCAGAUCGUGAACUGCUCACAGAUACCGUGGAAUCCGAGUAUCAAGCAUCGCUAAGCUUGGUUAUGAGGGCCCUCUUCAAUAGCCAAGAGCGGAGGGAGGCGCACUGGAGGAGACUUGUGGAGGAGGCUGGGUUGGUGGUUAAGGAAGUACGAAAGUACACAGAUUGGGAUGACGCGGUCGUUCUCUGUGUCAAACAGUAA